GUUACCCAGCACACCUACCCACUUCCUCCUCAUUUUUGGUACAUCUGUGCUUCUUCUUUUCGACGACAUUGAACCCUUCACACCAUCCUAAGGAAAGAAAUUUAGUAAGGUUUUCCAUUUUUAAUAUCACUAACAUCUGGUCACCACGUGUGGAGGGGAAACCUCCUCUUUAUCUCGUUGGUGAUGUACCAUAUUCCGCAUCAACAUUAGUCAUCUGCAAGUCAUCUUGUCCACGGCCAGCAUUGUUGCGGCAGAAUAUCCAUGCUUUUGGUCAUCUUUUUCUGGUGCUUUUUGGAUCGAGUGUGUUUCGUAACCGAAAAGGUUCACUUUUACUUGGUCUGUGUUUUUUUUUCUUGUUGGUGGCUGGAAUCCUCUUCCUGGUUGUUUCUGGGGUUCUGUUUUUUCUUUUUUGUUGGGCAUUGGGGUUGGUCGGGCAAUACCCUUCAACAGUGGUUGCAUUUUUGUCGAAUCUGGGAAGAAUUACUAAGUGGGCAUCGGAGUUUUGGAUUCUCGAAUCGCAUUUACUCAAGGGCGGGAGUUUUUUUUCGGCGCUCUUGAGUCGUUGGUAGUUGAUCGUUUGAUUGGAAAAGGUGGGGCUUCAUGGAGAAUUAUGGUGCAUUAUGUCUGCACGCUUGUGGAGGGCUCUGUUUCGAGAAAAGGAAGACCAAGGUGCAGGGUUCACUCCUCUUGCAGAGCUGGCCGGAGAGGAAGGGCGUGGGAGUCGCUCCAUCGCGCGACCUAUUGUUGAAGACUGCGGCUUGCAAAUCGAAGGCUGCCUCACCCAUCAAGUGCUUUUGUUCCUAUAAGGAUCCUGCAGUGCCUUGUGAAUUGAAAGCAAAGAACUUUAGGUCUCCUGAUGACGAGGCCUUGAUUUUGAAGGACAAAGCUCAAGAGGUUAUCCCAUAUUUAAAUGGGAACUGCAUAUUUCUUGUAGGAAUGAUGGGAUCUGGUAAAACUACUGUGGGAAAAAUUUUGUCUGAAGCACUAGGCUAUUACUUUUUUGACAGUGACAAAUUGGUAGAGGAGGCUGUAGGUGGAGUUUCGGUUGCUCAAAUAUUUAAGGAGUAUAGUGAACAGUUCUUUAGAGAGAAUGAGACUAAGGUUCUGAAAGACUUGUCUACAAUGCAUCGACUUGUUGUGGCAACUGGUGGUGGUGCUGUCAUCCGGCCAAUCAAUUGGAAAUAUAUGAAACGAGGUGUCACUGUCUGGCUAGACGUGCCUUUGGAAGCUCUAGCUAGGAGGAUUGCUGCAGUGGGGACACAUUCACGGCCUCUUUUGCAUCAUGAACCUGGAGAUGCAUACACAAAGGCUUUUCUACGGUUGUCUGCACUUUCUGAAGAGAGAGCAGAUGCUUAUGCUAAUUCUGAUGCAACAGUUUCACUUGAGGAUAUUGCUUACAAGCUAGGGCUUGAAGAUGUAUCGGCUCUCACACCAACAACAAUUGCCAUUGAGGCACUGGUAAAAAUUAAUGAGUUUCUUAGCUGGAAGGGAGGCAAUGGACAUGUUUUCUGAGUCCUUGCCUUGGCAGCAAAGCCAAUAUUUGUUCUACGUUAUUUUUGUUUUGGUUAUUACUAGACGACAACAUUUCACUGCUUUCUGCUGUACAGAGGACAAGUUGUACAAAGCUUCGACAACUGAUGAGAUAAUUCACCAAUGCCUAGAACCCCUCUGUCAUCAGGCCUCUAUUUUCAAUGGCUUGAUAUAUCAACCAAGAUGGUUAGAUUGGGGAAGAUUGAAUAUACUGAAAGCUGCAGGUAGAAUUGGAGGGAAACCUUUUCUUUUCUUUCUUUUCAUGACUGUAUUAAGCAGGGAGGCGGUAAUGACUUGAUCCUUAUUAUUUUCUUUGAUUAAGCAAAAGCAUUUGAGUUGUACGCAGAAAAACUUGCAGGCUCUAGAGGUGCAGGUUUGUUGAACUUGCUGACCGAAAGGCAGUGUUAUUGAAUUCAUAGCUCUGUGGAUUCUGUUUAUAUA